CUGUGACCAUGCAGUGAGUUAAGGGUCACUUUAGGACAGUGUUAACUGAUAGAUUUACACAAUCCCGACUCACUGUCAGUCCGCCCGCCCACUGCUGCUGAGCUGCACGGUGACCCGCUCCGGAAAAACUUCGUCUUCUCCUUCUGCAUAUCGCGAAAGAGCUGAAGUAUGACUCGUCGAGUGGCAAUAGUUGGAGGAGGUAGUUCAGGUCUGGCCUGUAUCAAGUGCUGUCUGGAUGAGGGGCUGGAGCCGGUCUGCUUCGAAAGCAGCGAUGACAUUGGUGGUCUGUGGAGGUUUAAGGAGAAUCCAGAGCCAGACAGGGCCAGCAUCUACCACUCCGUCAUCAUCAACACAUCCAAGGAGAUGAUGUGUUUCAGCGACUUCCCCAUUCCUGCACAUUUCCCCAACUUCAUGCACAACUCCCUCAUCAUGGACUACUUCCGAAUGUACGCCGACCACUUCCAGCUCAUCAAGUACAUACGCUUCAAUACCAAAGUCUUGCAGAUGAAGCAGAGAUCAGAUUUUUCUCACUCAGGCCAGUGGGAUGUUGAGACAGAGAACAAGGAUGGCAAAAAGGAGAAACACAUUUUUGAUGCCGUGAUGAUCUGUAUUGGACAUCACUGCCACCCCAACAUGCCACUGCAGGACUUCCCAGGCAUUGACACUUUCACGGGAAAGUACUUCCACAGCCGAGACUACAAGACUCCUGAGGAGUGGAGGAAUAAAAAGGCUAUAGUGAUUGGAAUAGGAAACUCUGGAGGGGACAUCGCUGUGGAGCUCAGCAGAGUCACCAAGCAGCUCUACUUGAGCACUCGAAGGGGAGCCUGGAUUCUGAACCGCGUCGGGGACAACGGGCUGCCCCUCGAUUUGAUUUUUAACAGGGUGACGGAUUUUCUGAGGACAAUCCUUCCCUUUAGUUUUUUCUGUGGUGUGGGAGAGAGACACCUCAACCAAAGAUUCGAUCACACUCUGUACAAUCUUAAGCCAAAGCACAGGUUGUUCAGCCAACAUCCCACAGUGAACGACGAGCUUCCCAACCGCAUCCUGUCUGGAACUGUUCAGGUGAAACCCAACAUCCGCAGAUUUCAGGGGUCCAGUGUGGAGUUUGAUGAUGGAAGUGUGGUGGAGGAUGUUGACCUGGUGGUGUUUGCCACAGGUUACAGGUUUUCCUUUCCUUUCCUGGCCUCACAUGUGGUCUCAGCAUCUGAGAACAAAGCCUCUCUGUACAAGUAUGUGUUUCCUCCUGAGCUGGACCGCCCCACUCUGGCCAUCAUUGGUCUAGUGCAGCCACUGGGGGCCAUUAUGCCCAUCUCUGAAAUGCAGGCCAGAUGGGCCACACGGGUCUUUAAAGGCUGCAUCAAGCUUCCCUCCGUGGCUGCCAUGCAAAAAGAUGUCCAAUGCAAGCAGCAAGCAAUGGCAGCAAGGUAUGUCCCCAGUCAGAGACACACCAUCCAGGUUGACUAUGUAAGCUACAUGGAUGAGAUAGCAAAGCUGGUGGGAGUUCGACCAAACAUCCUGGGAAUGCUGCUGACUGAUCCCAGGCUGGGACUGAAUGUGAUGCUUGGUCCCUGCACGCCAUACCAGUUCCGUCUCAGAGGGCCGGGAAAGUGGGCCGGAGCCCGUCAGGCCAUCCUCACCCAGUGGGAGAGAAUGGCUCGCCCCAUGCAGACCAGGCCCUGUGAUGAGCCCAAAUGCAAGAGAUCAUUAAUGUGGCCUCUGAUGCUGUCGACCGCUGCUGUGGGCUUGGCUGCCUACGUUAACAGGAACAGCCUUCCUGCCUUCCUGCAAGAUCCCACUGCACUGUUGGACAAGAUAAAAGUCUUCCUGCCUGGACAGUGAUGUGCUAAUCAGCUUUGCUUCAUUUCAGCUGUAACUGCAUUUAUAACAGAUUUACCAUAUAGCACUUACUAUAUGUAUACUGUACUAUCCCAACUCCUGAAGUGAACUUUAUACAUUCGAGUUACUUGUGCCUCCUCAUGCUGGCUCCAAAAACCAACUGAUAUUACAUUAUGGCAUAAAUUGUUAUUCAACAUAUCACAUUGUGUGAAAACGAGGACCCUUAUUUCUUAGAUCAUACUAGUUAUUGAAUAGCUCUUAAUCUACAUUCUUCUAUUCUCUGUUUGUUCGUUCAUGCUUGUGCAAUCUCCAAAUAUGUAUUGCUGUUUUUCACUGAAUAGUCUUGGGAUUAUAAUUGCAAGAAUAUGUCUCUGACAUCUCUGUAGGCUCUAUUUUCAGAGUAUAUCACAAUCAUUCCACUACCUGCUCUGUCUCUUGCCUUGUAUGGUGCUCAGAAAAUCUGAAAAAUGACAUUUGUCGGCUACAAAUAAUGAAAAUGGUGAUUUGUGGUGCAGUACUUUGGGCAACAUAUGUAUGAUGCUUUUAUAUUUUCUGCUUACACUAAUGUAUGUCAUGACCUUAACCCUAUGUAAUGGAGACUUGUGAUAAGAAAACACCUCAAAUGAGGUCACUGAUGUGAGAUUGAUGUAAUAAUUAAAAGUCAAAGUGCAGGAUCAA